CGUCACACGCUCGUAUGUUACUGCUAAUUUACUCGUAUUUACGAAAUUUGUAGAUCUAUUACGGUGUGAUAAUUUAUGUCUGAAGUUGAAUGAGCAAGUCGAACCUGAAAGGCUUUGCUACGGCACAUGAUGAAAUCUGUGAGCCUUAGUUGCCACAGCUAGUCAGGAGCUGCACCAUGGCCAAACCGGGGACGGACCGAGAUGGAGCCAUGGUGGAAAAGCCAGCGGGGAAGAAGAGUAAAAUAUCUCCAUUCACCAAAACUCCGAAGCUUGACCGGAGUGAGUUAGUGGGGAAGGAAGGGAAGCAAAAGUCUUCCAUGAAGCGCAAGCUCUCCUUUACCGCCAGUCCACCUCGCAAUGAGGAGCGCGACUCGGACACAGAUGACUCUGAUCCUGGGCAGUCGAGCGAUACCUGGGGAGAGAGGUUACUCCCUCCCUGCAGGAUAUACGCAGAUAAGGAUGGCCCUGACAAGAAGAAGGUCAAGAAAGAGUCUGGGAAUAAGAAGUCCACUCCUGUGAAUCCUUCCUUUCUUUUCGGAUACCCUCUGUCAGAGCGCAAGCAGAUGGCUCUCCUCAUGCAGAUGACAGCGAGAGACAACAGUCCAGAUUCUACACCCAGCCAUCCCUCACAGGCGCCAGCCGUGCAAAAGAAGAUCGCAACCAGCUCCUCGUCGCGACAGAAAGACAAGGUGAACAAGAGAAAUGAACGUGGGGAGACACCUCUGCACAUGGCUGCCAUAAGAGGGGAUGUCAAGCAGGUCAAAGAGCUUAUUGGACUUGGAGCUGACGUCAAUGUCAAAGACUUUGCAGGCUGGACUCCUCUCCAUGAAGCUUGUAACCUUGGUUACUAUGAUGUGGCAAAGGUUCUGAUUGGUGCAGGAGCAGAAGUGAACACGCAGGGACUGGAUGAUGACACACCUCUGCAUGACGCCUCCAGUAGUGGCCACAAAGAUAUUGUGAAGCUGCUGUUGCGACACGGGGGCAAUGCUUUCCAGGCCAACAAACGAGGAGAGAGACCAGUAGAUGUGGCGGAUUCUCAGGAGCUAGAGCAGCUCCUAAAGGGUGAAAUCCCAUUGUCUGACCCAGAGGAAAGCUCCUCAGAAUCUGAAGACCCUCCAUCAGUAAACCCUUCUAGCGUCGAUGAAAACAUGGAGUACUCUGAUGCUGAAAAAGACUCUGACAGCAAACUGCCCUCAGUGAAGGCUUCAUCCUCCUUGACAGGAAUGGAUGAAUAUGAGUUUAAGGAUGAAGAAGAAGAAGAAGAUCUGAGCAAGGCACUAAAUGACAGACACAUCUUGAGGCGAGAGCUGAGACAAAGGGAGAAAGAGGAGAAGGAGCGCAAUCAUUAUGCAACUAAACAGGCAAACAAGAGCGAGCAGACAACCCCAUCGUGCAAGUCAAAAAAGUCAAAAGCCUCACGAGUGCUUUACUGCAGCUCUGAUAGCUCCAGUGAUGAAGCAGAAACAGCGUCAGAGAGGAGGAGUUCUCCAACAAGAUCGGUCGGCAAUGACGGUCACAAAUCUGAUACCAGAGUAAAAAAAGAGAGUCUUACCCUCACAACAGAACAGAAAGAAAAGGGCAAAGUGAAGAAAAAGAACAAGAGCCAGAGUAAAAAUAAAGAGAAUCAAGAGGUCAGGGAGGAUGGAAAAGAGAACAGCAAGGCCCUGCUCUUCUCCACUGCACAAGCAUCUGAAAACUCUGAUAAGAGUGUGCGAGAAGAGGACUCCUUUAAGAUGUCCUUCAGUCCAAAGGACGAUUCCUCAGUCCAUCUCUUUCACCUGUCAACAGUGAAGUCCCCAAAGAUGAAUCACAGUCUGUCUGACAAGCAGAGUACUCCACUAAAACAGGAAAACGCUAAAACUUGUGUAUCUGUUGGUGAUGGGCCGUGUUCGGUCGACAGUGUAAAGUACAACCACUACACAGAUUCAGACCACUGCAUGGAAAGCUCCAGCAGUAAGGGCUGUAAACACAAGGAGAAGAGCAAGCAUCACCAGAAGGAGCUCAGCAUAGAUGUGGAUGAUGUUAGCUCAAGCCCGCAUAAAGAUGGCUGUCUGGGGAACAGUAUGGACAGCACUGAAGUUGCCUUCAGGAAAACUGACAAGGAUGGCAAAAUUGUUAAGAAACAUAAGCUGAAACACAAGGAGAAGGACAAGUGCCGUAAAGAAUUUGAAGCUGAAAGGAAUCGCCACCGCCAGAAAGAUAUACGUAAAGACGGCCAUAGGAAUAUGGAAUUUGACAGGGAGUUCUGGAAAGAGAACUUCUUCAAAAGCGAUGAGGGUGAGGAGCUUGCAUCGGGUGGAAAAUGUGAGACACCAGGUGGCGGCUCACCUCACAAGUCUACAGAAUCAUCACCUCUUAAAGAAGAAAAGGGUUUGACAAAAGACAAGCACUCAGGCAGGAGUAGCAGCAAAGAGAGGAGGCAAAAAGAGGAACGGGAGAAAGAGAAAGCCCUCAAGAAAGAAAGGAAAGAGUUGUUCUGCAAAGAGGAGAGGGUAAAGGAGGGGAGAGCAAAUGAGAGUGAUGACAAAACAGACUGCCUUAGUGUUGGCAACGUUGCAGAGGAAUCCUCACAUGGUGGUGGUUUCAAAGAGGAGGCAGAGGACAAGCCAGUUACUGGGAAUACAGUUGAUCAGGAUCCCACCGAGUCAACAGAGAAAAGCUCUCGAGAAAAAUCUGACAAGCGCCUCCCCACCAAAGAAAGGGAGUUUGAAAAGUCAGAUAAAAAACACCAUGACAAAGAAAAGAAAACAAAAACUGAGCAUUUCACAGAUAAAACAGAACUGCAUAACUCUGCAGACAGAUGGAAAGAGAGGGAAAAGAUGGCGAGCACUUCUCAUUCACCCAGUGAUAAAAACCACAAAGACAGUGAAAAGAUUAAAGGCAUGUCCGUUACAAAAAAGCACGAGGAGAUUAAAAAGAGCAAAGACAAACUUGAUAGGAGAAGCGAAAAGGAUCGUCAAGAAAAGGAGCACUCUUCUGGGGAGCACAGAGACAAAGAUAAGGAUAAAACUAGUGUGGACAAAAAAGGAAAAGCCCCAGAGAAACCCACAGAUCAUGGCAAAUUUGACAGAACUAAAGAGAAAGAUAAAGAAAAAGACUCAGACAAAAGAAAAAAAGAGAAAUCAAAGGAAGGCACCCCAUUGUCGUCAUCAAGUUCAAAUCUGAAACUGCUCUUGGAGGAGAAGAAGGGUUAUGUGUCUGAGAGCAGUAAGACAGUCUCUUCUAAACCAAGAGAAGAGGUAAUGAAAACUCCGGAGAAGGACCGGGAUAGGCGAGAGAGGGACCGGGACUCUGACAGGCACAGAGAACGGGAACGGGACAGACACAAAGAGAAGGACAAGGAUCGAUCACAGCAAAACAGGGAUGUCAAAAUUAGCAAGGCAAAGCUGAAUGAGCUAGAGGCAGACAGAUCCAAAUCCAAGGCCUCCCCUGCUCAAAAGGAUGUCCGUCCCAAAGAGAAGAGGUUAGUUAAUGAUGACCUAAUGCAGACCAGCUUUGAACGCAUGCUGAGCCUCAAGGACCAAGAGAUUGAACAGUGGCACAAGAAACACCUGGAGAAGAUCAAACAAAAAGAGAGGGAAAGAUUGAAGCAACGCCCAGGAACAGAGCUUGGGAAGCAGAAAAACAAAGACAAAACAAAGACCUUCCCUUCAUCUAGUGAGUCUUGCUUAACCAAGGAACUUUUGCGCUCCAAAAGUUCAGACACCUCGGAGGCCCUCAGCCGUGAGAAAACUUUGAAGGAUGCUACAAGUGUGAGAACCCAGUCACUUGAUGCUAAGAGUUUCAGUUCUUUUGGAAAGACAGGCCCAGUAAUAGAGAACAACCUCAGCCGAUCUCCAAGGCCUGAGAACGAGAGAUCUGGCCUCAUGUCCAGAUCAGUGUCUAUGAUAUCUGUGGCUAGUUCAGAAGAUUCCUGUCAGACUGCGACACUUACACCAAGGCCCGUUGAAUAUGACUCUGACCUCAAUCUGGAAGCUUCAGAUUCCCAACCGCCUUUCCAGCAGUCUUCCCACAUCCUUCAGUCCUCCAGAUCACCUGUUGUACCUGAUAAAGAUACCAGUAGUCUUCCUGAUGCAGUUCCAGGCAACAAAACUCCACUAAGCAGGCAUGCAUCAUCUUACCUAAGGGCUAUUCUGGAUGAAGAUGCAAAAUGUGCCCCAAUUGAAGGGAGACCAGCCGAGGACUUGCAGAGGAUGGGUACAUCCGCCUACCGUAGUGAUGAGCACCCAAAAAUCCAUACCACAGAAAUCAGUAUGGCCUCAACCCAGGAGAGCCAUAGCAGUCAAAGCCUCUCUAGCGCUGUGCCUGAUGGGAGUAUUACUACUUCUGAUGGUGGUGGAGUUGUUUCCAGCAGCAGUUUUCAACAGCAUAUAAAGGACACGGGAAGUCAGCAGGCCAGCAUUUUACAACCCAACAGUGCAUUACUUACCACUGUGGAGCAGAGCAAGUCUGUCACUCCUGACCUUCCGACUGAGAGAGGUGGACAGGGUCCACAUGCAGAAAACUCUUGCAGUGGAGAUGCAGUGGAGGAUCCUAAUAAUAAUAAGGAUUCUAGUAAGGAUUCUUUACCAAUAGUCAUGUCCCAGGUUGCCUCAGCACCUCUUCCUUCUCAGCCUCAGCCCAGUUUCAGCACCAAAGCACUUUCGCAUUCCAGUAGCCACCAAUGGGAUGCUGUUACAUAUGCCAAUGUGGAACAGUCACUGAGAACAGACAUGGUUUCACCUCUGAGACCAGAGCAAAAAGAUAAAACUCCACCUGUGGAUCCUGAUACUGCAGUUGAAGAAAAGAGCAAAGAGAACAUUCUUGGAGUUAGCAGAAUGGAAUGGACCAGUAACACAGGUCCAUCCACCAGUUCACACAAACCCGUUUCCAGCACUGAGGAUUCCUCUGUGUAUACCACAGCAAUUAAAGAGGUUAAAGACGCUCCAGAGUAUAUGGAGACUGAUGAGGUCAGUUCACAAGAAGAGAGGAUGUCAAGGCAUUGUAAUGAACCUGUGAUUCUAACCAGUGCUCUCCCAGACCAAAACCAGCUUGGGCUCUCUGUUCCAGCAGGAGCCAAGGAGCCAUGUUGUGCUGGUCCCGAGCAAGCGCCUGAAGAUGCAGUGGAUGUGUCUGAGGACAGUUCGGACAAGAGCAGACCCCUUGAGACAAAGAUGGAGACAGCGAACUCCUCUGCAGCAGAGGGUCUCCAGGCCCAGGGGGUUUCUGAGACAAAGGUCGAAGCGUGUGAAGAAACAUCUGACCAUCCUGCUGUAGAGGACAAGACAGUAAAACCAGAUCUUUCAGCUGACGGAGAACAGAGUCAGAGUUGCAGUGGUGUUCAACAAGAUCCUCAAACAGAACCAGUGAGUGGCGGUGUAUCUGGAAGUUCUUCGCCGUUGUCCAUAGUUGACUCUGAUCUGUCUGGGGCAAGGAGUAAGGUCCGAAUUCUAGACGAUGACAUAGACAUCCAGGUGGCCCACCCGAGGAAGCGAAAAAUGCCCAGGGUUUCUCCUCCUGCUCAAACCAGCCUUACAGUUCAGCAGGUUAAGGAAAAAACCCAGCAGUCAUUAGCUGCUAUAGUUGACUCCUUGAAACUAGAGGAAAUUGAGCCCUACCAGACAGAAAGAGCUAACCCAUACUAUGAGUUUCUGCACAUUCGUAAGAAAAUUGAGGAGAAGCGCAAAGUGUUGUGCAGUGUUAUCCCUCAAGCACCUCAGUACUAUGAUGAAUAUGUCACAUUCAAUGGGUCCUACCUCCUUGAUGGGAAUCCACUCAGCAAGCUCUGUAUCCCAACAAUCACUCCACCCCCAUCCUUACCUGAACCACUCAAAGAGAUGUUCAAACAACAAGAGGUUGUCAGAAUGAAGCUACGAUUGCAGCACAGCAUUGAGAGGGAAAAGCUGAUUGUGUCUAAUGAACAGGAGGUCUUGCGAGUCCACUAUCGUGCUGCAAGAACACUAGCCAAUCAGACACUUCCUUUCAGUGCCUGCACUGUGUUAUUGGAUGCUGAGGUGUACAACAUGCCCCAGGAUGUCCAGGGUGAUGAUGGCAAAACCUCGGUCAGAGAUCGUUUUAAUGCGAGGCAGUUCAUGUCUUGGCUGCAGGAUGUCGAUGACAAAUUCGAUAAGUUGAAGACCUGUUUGUUGAUGCGACAGCAGCAUGAAGCAGCUGCAUUAAAUGCAGUUCAGCGCCUGGAAUGGCAGCUCAAGCUGCAGGAGCUGGACCCUGCCACCUACAAGUCCACAAGCAUUUUUGAGAUCCCUGAAUUCUACAUCCCCCUUGUGGAGGUCAAUGACGAUUUUGACCUUACCCCAAUAUGAACUCCAAUCUGAAAGAGAGAUUGCGAGGACGCUCGUCUCACAGGUCACUGCUGUAACACGUGGUUAAGACACACGCGGAAUAGAGGAACGUGAAGCACUUAUUCUGAGGAGUCAUUGUAUGUAUAUGUGUGUGUUUGUGUGUAAAUGUGCACACUCUUAAACAUCACAUGUGAUCAGACACUCCAGAAGCUCUUAAAAAAAAAGUUCAAGAACAAUCAGCUCUCUCUGUAGGUUAGACUUCCUACAGUAUGUAUCUUGCUAUGUGCUAGGUCCAAUUUCACAAAGUAGUUCCUGAAGGUCCAGUUGCUUUUUUUGUUCAGUUUAACCACAGUUAUUUGGUCCAAAUGCACUUCUUUGUUCUGGAUCCAGUUCAAAAAUAGUCCCAAAGUUGACUUUCUGGAACCAACCCCAAACCAAACUGUACCUAAUCGUGAGAUUCAUAGCUCUGAAAGGAGGACCAUGGGGACGUAGAACUGAUAACUGUCAAGCCCCAGAGCUCCAGAGACCAGCAGAGGCUGAAGACCAACAUCUUAGUGUGAGUGAGGGAGGGAGAGAUGGGGACAAAAAAAGACAAAAGGAAUAGGGGGAGACAAAAAAAUCCCUUCCACACUCAACCAGCAGAAAGAUGAAAAAGAGGUCUCAAUUCAGUUUGUUUCAAAAGUGAGUGUUCAUACAUGAUGUACAGAUUGUGCUCUUCAUUUUUUAACUUAUUUUAUACAUACUGAUUGUGCAUUUGUAAAUAGCCAUGUAAUUAUUGUUUUUAACUUGUAAAAAAAAAAAAA